CGGGCGGCGUCUCGUCCGGUGGAUCCGUGGAGUCAGCUCGCCGUGAGAAGUUGGGUCGGUGCGGCGGCGUCGUGCUGUUCCCUGCUGUCAGCUUCUCCGACAUGCCGACAUGGGCUGGGAGCUAACCGCCGGCUCUGCUGCUGCGUCUGUCCGCCUUCUGCUCUCCUCCGGCCGGGGAAAACCUGCAGCGCGAGUCUGAGCGAGUGAGUCCGCACCGAGCCGCCGUCCUCCGCCUCUUCGCUUGUUUCGUGCCGCUUCACGGAUGGAGCUCAGGAGCUCCGAGUGACGGUGGUGGUGAUUUCCGUUGACGCCGCUCGAGAUGGAGACGGUGAUGGAGAGGGAGUGCAGCGCGCUGGGGGGGCUCUUCCAGACCGUCAUCGGAGACAUGAAGGGCAGUUACCCUGUGUGGGACGACUUCAUCAGCAAGGCCAGCAAACUGCAGUCACAGCUCAGGAUGACGGUCGUCGCAGUUGCAGCCUUCCUGGAUGCCUUUCAGAAGGUGGCCGACCUGGCGACCAACAGUCGAGGAGGGACCAGGGACAUCGGUUCAGCCCUCACCAGGAUGUGCAUGAGGCACCGCAGCAUCGAGGCCAAACUCCGACAGUUCUCCAUGGUGUUUCUGGACUGUCUGAUCAACCCUCUCCAGGAGCAGAUGGAGGAGUGGAAGAGAGUAGCCAACACUCUGGACAAAGACCAUGCCAAAGAGUACAAGAAAGCUCGUCAGGAGAUCAAGAAAAGGUCUUCAGACACUCUGAAGCUGCAGAAGAAAGCAAAGAAAGCUGAUGUAUUUGGCCGCGGCGACCUGCAGCCUCAGCUGGACAGCGCCAUGCAGGACGUCAGCGAUAAAUACCUGCUGCUGGAGGAGACGGAGAAGCAGGCGGUGCGGAAGGCGCUGGUGGAGGAGAGGAGUCGCUUCUGCUGCUUCGUCUCCAUGCUGAGGCCUGUCGUGGAGGAGGAGAUGUCCAUGCUGGGGGAGAUCACCCACCUCCAGACUCUGACGGACGACUUGAAGAUGCUGACUAUGGACCCACACAAGCUGCCGGCCUCCAGCGAGCAGGUAAUCGUAGACCUGAAGGGGUCCGAGUGCACCUGGUCCUACCAAACUCCACCCUCGUCGCCGAGCACCACCGUAUCCCGGAAGUCGAGCAUGUGCAGCAGCCUGAACAGCGUGAACAGCAGCGACUCCCGCUCCAGCGGCUCACACUGCCACUCUCCGACCUCCCAUUUCCGUUACCGCGCCUCCUCCUCGGCGUCCUCCUCUGUGCUCCCCCAGCAGACGCCAGCCCGCCUCUCCUCCGUCUCCUCCCACGACUCUGGUUUCAUCUCCCAGGAUGCCUUCCAGUCCAAAUCACCUUCACCAAUGCCUCCGGACAGCUCACAGUUGUCAAAUGGUUUUGACCAUCACGGCGCCCUCUGUCUGCAUGGAGUGGUACUACAGCCCCAGGACACCCACUUCCACCUUCCAUACUUCACCCACUCCUCCUCCUCCACCACCACCACCACUUCCAUCUCCUCACCCUCCUUUUCGUCUGUUUCUCCCGUGUGGCCGUCGUCUUGUUCGGGCCCUGGCCAAUCAGGGGAGAUCCUGCCUCUCAGCCCCUCGGGGCUCGGACUGAUCCCGUCAUCCAGAGUCCCGUCCUGGAAGGACUGGGCCAAACCGGGUCCAUACGAGUCGGUGGUCAACACCCUGAAGAGGAGCAAGGACAGGAGAGAGACUGCAGAUCCCAGCAGCCACCAGGGUGCUGAUGUCACCACGCCAGGGGAGGAGCCACACGGGGUUAAGGGAAGCCACGCUGUGACAUCACACAAGGAGGACAGGGAGGCCCACGAGGAGCUGGCCAGAGCGCUGGCUCGAGGCCUCCAGCUGGACAUCCACGGCUCCAGCAGAGACUCGCUGCAGGGCUCCAGCGGCUACAGCAGCCAGACCAACACCCCCUGCUGCUCCGAGGACACCAUCGCGUCACAAGUGUCAGACUGUGACUACUACUCCGUGGGGGCAGAUCAGGAUGGCGAGACGCAGCAGUCCUCAGACUUUGACAAAUCGUCCACCAUCCCCAGAAACAGCGACAUCAGUCAGUCCUACCGCCGUAUGUUCCAGUCCAAACGUCCUGCCUCCACCGCCGGGCUGCCCUCCAACCCCUCUGCUGUAGUCACCCCGGGAGUCGCCACCAUCCGACGGACGCCAUCUUCCAAACCCAAUCUGCGACGGCCCUCGGGGGGCCUUAACUUGGGCCCCAUCCCCAUCAAACCUCCCAUGAUCCCAGUCAAGACCCCCACCGUCCCUGAACAUCCUGGUUUUCUCAGCAGGGCAGCAUCAGAGGACGGCAGCACACCACGAACCCCACUCAGCCCCCCGACCACCCCGUUGUCACCAGGCAGCAGCGGGCCGUUGUCACCGAGGUCCGGCACCUGGGAGGCGUCAGAUCCUCCCACCCCACCGCCGCAGCCCGGUGGGCGUGUGUCAGAGUGGGAGCGCCGGCCUCUCCCGGAGCUCCUGGAGGAGACGGAGUAUAGCGAGGUGGAGGACUUCCUGGUGGCUAUUCGACGAGGCGUCAGGCUCAAGAAGGCGAUAACCAACGACCGAUCAGCACCGUGUAUUCACUGGGACUAGAAGGACUGGCUGGACCUGAGCCAUAUUAUGUCCCUGGUUGAAUUUCUUCAAAAAGGGACCAAAAAUGGUCUUUACUCAGUCAAUGCAAAUGAGAGCUAUGACAUGAAAGGGACUCUGAGAAUAGGAGGAAGUAGCCUGGAGAGUCUGAUGAGUUCUCAAGUGAUAUUUUGUCAUGGUGCAGUGAGUUCAUUACCGAAAUGCCAAAAUUUGUUUUAAAAAGCUAAAAAACUUGGCUCCA